UCAGCUGAGAGCCGCGAGGGGCCGUCUAUAAGAGCGGCCGGCGGGGCUGGACGGAGGCGGCUGAGUGCAGUCACCGUCCUGGGGGAACAUCGCGACGCCGGGGGCCAGCAGAAGACCAUCACCAUGUCAGUGUCGCACAGUUCUAAGCUGAACAAGGUGGUCCGAGACCAGUACAUGAAGCUGCCCCAGGGAGACAAGGUGCUGGUCACCUAUGUCUGGAUCGAUGGCAGCGGGGAGGGAGUUCGCUGUAAAACCAGAACUUUGAACCAGGAACCCAAAUGCAUCGAAGAUGUGCCUGAGUGGAAUUUUGAUGGCUCCAGCACAGAGCAAGCGGAAGGCUCCAACAGCGACAUGUUCUUGAUACCCAUCCGAAUGUUCCGAGACCCCUUUUGUCUUGACCCCAACAAGCUUGUCUUGUGUGAAGUCCUGAAAUACAAUCGAAAACAUGCAGAGACCAACUUGAGGCACACCUGUAAGAAGAUAAUGGACAUGGUACAAGAUAACCACCCUUGGUUUGGAAUGGAGCAGGAGUACACCCUACUGGGCAUCAACGGGCAUCCUUACGGCUGGCCUGAAAAUGGCUUUCCAGGACCACAAGGGCCCUACUACUGUGGGGUUGGUUCAGACAAAGUCUAUGGGCGUGACAUCGUUGAAUCCCACUACAAGGCCUGCCUCUAUGCUGGCGUGAAGAUCUGUGGCACCAAUGCCGAAGUCAUGCCUUCCCAGUGGGAGUUCCAAGUGGGGCCGUGUGAAGGGAUUGAGAUGGGUGAUCACUUGUGGAUGGCGAGGUUCAUUUUGCACCGGGUGUGUGAAGACUUCGGGGUUGUGGCUACCUUGGAUCCCAAGCCAAUGACGGGCAACUGGAACGGUGCUGGCUGCCACACCAAUUACAGCACAGAAGAAAUGAGACAGGAAGGAGGACUCAAGUUUAUUGAAUCUGCAAUUGAGAAACUCAGCAAACGGCACGACUACCACAUCUGUGUCUAUGACCCCCGAGGAGGCCAGGACAAUUCCCGGAGACUGACAGGCUACCAUGAGACCUCCAACAUCUUUGAGUUCUCGGCAGGUGUGGCCAACCGUGGGGCCAGCAUACGGAUCCCCCGGCAAGUCGGCCAGGAUGGGUUCGGAUACUUUGAAGACCGCCGGCCUGCUGCCAACUGUGAUCCGUACGCAGUCACGGAAGCCAUUGUGAGGACCACAAUUCUCAACGAAACUGGUGUCGAAACGAAAGACUAUGUGGAAAAAUCGAGACUGGAACGUGGCGUCUUCAAAGACUGAGCACUUUUUUCCUCCCUGCAGUUUCCCAAAAUGUCUGCCCUGCCACCUAGUAAAUUCUCUGCCAUCUUCAGAACCUUCCUUCUGGUAUUGUGACGUGUUGACUUAGACAUAUAUUUCUAUAUUUUUAGGAGAGAAAAAUUAUUUUCCUAGCAGAUAUCACUGGUUUCUGUUCUCAUUUUUUUUAAAGAUUGUAAUGUGGGGUUCAAGGAAACUUUUUAAACAAUUGGAUUUAUACUGUGGUGUAGAGGACAAACAAAACUGAAUCUUGUACAAAGCAAGGCUGCUUCAGACUGCUGAAGAACUAGUUUUCCCUCUCCCCUUCUAUCUCUGUUGCGAGGAAACAAUAAAGUUGGUCGUCUUGGCUGCUUAUCAGCCAAUGUUGAAAUAAAAUAACUUUCCAUUUCUA